UCGCCCUCACCGUCGCCCUCCGCCGCCGCGCCGCCCUUCGUGCUGCCGCUGGCGCUGCGCGGCGCCGCGGGGGCCGCCGACCCGCCGCCCCCGCCGCCCCGCAUCGACUUCAGCAUGCCCAUCACCACCACCUACCUCAAGCACAUGCGCUCGCUCGGCUACAGCGACGAGGACGCCCUCCGGAUCGACGUCGACGACAACGUGUCGACACCGGAACCCGAGAUGCCUGACGAGGAGCACUUUCAAGGUCGUAAUGGUGACCUACGUCUACAUGAGGAGAGAGAUGGAGUUGCUGAUGAGGUCUUGUGGAGCGGAUACCACAAUGCCCUCGGUCUUAAGAAGUCUGCCCAGCGUGAACAGUCUAGCCCUCUGCUGUUAAGUGAUCGCAGCCUUACUCAGGAAACAGGUUCUGUGCAUGAUGAGACAUCAUCAAGUGGCAACAAGGAAGACGAAGAUGAUGAUGAUGAUGACACCGAGGACAAGAUUGAUCCCCAGCAAUACGACCCUGAGAGGCUCAAAGCUUUUAAUAUGUUUGUACGCCUCUUUGUGGAUGAGAACCUGGAUCGUAUUGUACCAAUUUCGAAGCAGCCCAAGGAGAAGAUACAGGCGAUAAUUGACUCCUGCACACGGCAAUUUCCCGAAUUUGCUGAGAGAGCACGCAAGAGGAUCAGGACUUACCUUAAGUCGUGCCGCCGCAAUAAGCGCUCUCGGGAUGGAAAUGGAGCAUGGGAAGCUACACGACCCACCCCUGCACAUCUGACUUCAGUUCAAGCUGAGCAAAUUCUGGCACAGGCCUGCGAGAAUGAGAGCCACAAUGCAAAACGAAUGCGACUUGGUCUGGACCCUGUCAGUCAGCCAUUGCCUCUUACACCACAACCUGCAGAGGGCAGGCCACUUGCAUUGGACUUCCCAGCCACCACAUCAGGCAGUGAUGUUCGUCCCGCCCAUACUCGAGGUUCAAGUGACAUGCCAGAUGGAAGCCCCAACAUGCCCCCGACAUUUGGCCCAGUUACUGUAAGUUCUGGCCUGAAGAGCUCAGUUCCGUCCCCAGUAACAGACUCCACUGCAAAGGUAGCAAGUACUGUUGGAGUUGUGAAUGGUGCAACCCCUAUCACGCCAACGACGACACCUGCCACUGCCUACCGCCCUAACUUUGGACAGGCUUUCCAACGUGUUGCUACAUCUGGCCCCUAUUCAGCACCGCUGUUUCCAGCACCACCAUUUGGAGCUGCUGGCAUGAUUAGCAAUGGACCUACAGAUCUAAGCAUGAAGACAAAACCACUGCUCAGCCACAAACUGAGCACCGCCGAAAUAGUAGCAGUAAGGCAGUUGAUUACUGGGUACAGGGAGUCUGCUGCAUUUCUUCUCCGGUCUGCAGAUGAGUUAGAACAGCUCUUGCAGCAACAGUGAUUGGCCUGAGAAUGAACAUGGUGAUCUGCACAGAGAGACUGAAGCAAAAUGAAUGCAGGGAUCUCAGCUUUUCCACUGUGUACAAAGUGUGAAGACAUUGUGUCAAGGGAUGUUUGGUUCAUUGUGCAUUUAAACAUCUUAUUUCAUGAUCUGGUGUCAUUGUGUGUGUGCUGAUAGUACUUCUUUGACUUUGAUGUAUUUCAUGUGAACACUUUGCUUAAACUGAUGUGUGAUACAGAACAAGUUUUCUGGGAUAUUCCAGCUGCGUGAAGAAGAAGCAAAUUGCUUCAACAACUUAUUCAUGAUGAGUGUAAUAAUGGAAAGCACUUAACAUUAUUAAACUGUGCUAAACAUUUUUCAAGAUGAAAAAAAAAAGACUUUAAACUCUAUAAAGAUAUUUGAUGGACCAAUUACAUGCUCUCACUCAUGUAAUAGCUGAUGCAGCACUUUUGUACUUAUUUAUAACAAUUUUUUCCUGACCCUGCACUGUCACAUGCCUUUGUUAUCAUUAUCAAUAUCAGAGUCACUAUUUAUAUCAUUCAUUUACUAUGAAAUGUAUAUUUUUGGUGUUGACUACAUUUUGUUCCUAACAGAUACAUUUGUAGACAAGUGUUGGUCAUGUUUUUCAUUUCUUCAACAGGAACAUGACUCACAGACAGAACUUACCAAUAAUUUGUGAUUAUAAAGAGUUUACCAGUUUUUUGAAAUUGUAAGUUAUAGGCCUCUGACUCUGCAAAAACGAAAAAAAAGAAACAUCCUCUUGUACAAAUAUGGUUGAUGUGUUUUUCAUGAGAUAGAAGCUGUCUUUAAUUCAUUGAUUAGGAAAUGUCUGAGGACAAUACACAGAGUAAGCGUAUUGGACAUGUUUGUCUUUCAUGAAACCAGAAACAUAUGUGCUAGUUUAUAACAUGUGUUGCAUGAAUGCAAAUACAAAACGCACUUUGAGGAAGAUGUAAUGGUUGUGUGACUCGUUGUCAGUUUCCUCAUAUUCUUUCUGUGUUUCUUGUGACAUGUGUUUUAUAUUUGUGCAAUCAUAAUGUUAAUUCGAACCUCUAUAUGUGGAUAUUCCUAAUUCCAUCCAUAGCAUUAGCUGAUGCACACUACUUAAUGCAACUUCUCUAAAAAGAGAAAAUUUAUUUGGCAAAAAAAUUUUAAAAUAUUCUCAGCAGCACUGUGCAAUCGAUGUUUCAAAUGUUUUGUCUGUAAGUCAAAAAUGCGUUUUUCAUAUAUUCACAUUUGUAGUAUUUGUCCAUAUAUGUAAAUAAAAUUUGUACUUAAAUAUAUAUAGCAGCUUCAAAGAUUUAAUACUUUAUACCCACCACACAGUCUUGUUUCAAAUUUAAGUAGAUGGAUGCAUCUUUUCAUUUGUGACAAACUCUCGGUGUUGUGUUUUUGAUAUUAAUCUGUGUUGAUGUUCGUGGCAGCUAUUAAUAAGGAAUUCAACUGUUUUGUGGAAGUGUUUCCAGACUGUUCUUCCAUGUUGGAAUUUACUGUAUAAGAGAAUUUACAGAAUGAUGAACUGCAUAAAAGAAUUUACAAAAUGAUGAACUGGCUAGUGAAUAAGUCCUUGCUUAGAUGCUUUACUUUUGUUAUUGGGAGUACUUAUUGUUUUUACGUUUAAAAACUGGAAACUUUGCACAACAAAAUGUUAUUUAAAUUUUAUAAAUGCUCAGAUAUAUGCACAUAAAUAUGUGAACCUUGGUGGUUUUCCCGAUAACAUGUAAUUGCCAAAUAUUAUUUCAAAAUGUGAAUCUUACACUGCCUUUCCUUCUUCAUAAAAUAUUUCUGAUGUGGCAGCACUGGUUUUUAGCCAUUGUUUCUUAAUACAUUUUUUCUUUGAGAAUCAUCAUAUUUCUUGUAGAUGAGUUUCAGUACCCAACAAUACGUUAUACAGCAACAUUGUUGCAUAACGUAUUCUUAAUUUUGCUUUGAGACCUUCGUAUCCCUUAUAUUUUAUGUUGAAUUUAAUAAAUUACUUGGCCAUGGAAUUUGAAUGUAGCUUCCAUAUUCAUUAAACAAACACUGGAGACAUUGGUUCCAAGCAAAACACAACUCAGCAAUUCAUAAUUAUAGUGCCAUUUUAAAAUAUAUGAUGAAUAAAUUAAAAAAUAAUGCAAGGCAUUUAUUUAAUAAAUCUGGUAAAUAAAAAAGAAAACUUGCAAUAAUUGUGAGUAACUGUAUUUAUUUUGAGUUGUAAUUUUAUUUCAAAUUUUGCACAGUUUGUUAAGUAAACUGGCAAAGCCAUUACACUUUAUGCGUGUACCAAAUUUUUUAAUGACAAACACUUUAUUCUUUUUAUAUUCAUGAAAGGUAUCUGUGUUAUAAACAGAUGAAAUGUGCACAAAACGCAAAUGACUGUACUAAAACAACGUGUGAAUGUCUUAGGUUCCCUGUGCUGCCCUCUCUGUAUUAAUUAAGUACAGUAUAUUGUGUUUUUAGAGGAUUUACCAUUUUGUAUGUGCUCGUACUAACAUUCACAGUACAUAUUUUCCAUUAAAUAUGGUUAUUUGUCAUUACGUAAAAGAUGUUAUUGUAUCGUGUUGUAUUUCCUGUGGUUAGUUUUGGUGGUGUAGUUCCAGAUACAACUGGAAUAUUACAUCUGAAUUUUAAUCAUGGGUCAUUCUUCUGGAAUGAUUGCAAUAUGGGCAGUGUUACCAGGUUUCUGGCCAUCUGUAGGGGUCAGUCUGACUACUGGAGGCCUAAUUUUAAAACUUGGUUUCAGCAUCUAUGCAAUCUUCAAGUAUGACAUGUAGAUUUGAGAGUGCAUCUCUAUAUGGCAAACAUUAUUGCAAAUUUUGAAUCCCAUUUUCCAACACACACACCAUUUAUAGCACAUUUUCAAAUUAUCUUACUGUGCACUGUAAUCAGUUUUCUACAUGGGUUGUAUAUGUGUGGUUACAGAAGUGUUCUAGGAAAUGUUUUUGGCCAAAAGGAAUAAAAAAUACUAAGUUUCUGUAGCAUAUCUGUUACUGACAGAUUGAAAUUAAAAGGGGUAGUGCUUGUAACUUUAUUGAUAUUAAAUUGUUUCGGUACGUUUCGGGGUAAAACAGAUUGACUCAUGAUAGCUACAGAAUUGUGUCACAUGUAGCAUAUUAGUAUAACUUGAGGGGGGGGGAUGAUGGUUCAGAUCAUUUAAUUUUAAGGGAAUAACUCCUUCAACAUAGAAAUUUAUUUCCCUCUUAUUGUAAUAUACCUCAUAUAAUUUUGGUUUGAUAGGUAGAUGUAUUAAGCAAAGAUGUUAAGUGUGCAUAUUUGUCUUCCAGCAUGUUCUUAUAACUGUCAACAAAGUUCCUAAGUCUUUCUGAUUUUUGUGGUACUAUCCUGCUUCAUCUUAUCCAGUACAUCAGUUAAGUACAUUACCAGGUGUGAUUUAUGACUGUUUCAUUAACAAGUUUGAAAAAAAAGAAAAGAAAAAAGGAAGCCAUUGAAGUUGAUGAUAGGCACCUCCAUGUCAAGUUAUGGGAAGACAUUUUUCUCAGUCGAUAAUUGCUAGAUAGUUUUUUUUCUAUUUAUGGUACAAGUUUAUAGUUGUUUAUGCCAUGUAAAGGUUAUACGUUCUAUAGUAACAAGCCAAUUAACAAAAUUUUUAUCUUAGCCCAUCAAACACUAGGCUCUUUUAGUCUGUAAUGGGAUAAAGCCAAUUUUCCAGAAGUAGUGUUCAAUAUAAGUUUAUAACAGUGGAGUCCAACAUUCUGUCAGCAGAAAAGUUGUUAAGACAGCUGUCAUGUUAACUGCGUCUUAUUUAACAGUAGAAUGUUAAUUAAAUGGAGACUUGGUGUACACAACCUUGGAAGAUAUAUCAGUGGUAUUUUCAAAAAUCUGAUUACGUCAGACAUCAGUGUCUUUGAACUUUUAAUUGAAAAUGAAAACUGCAUGUCUGUAUGAACACUAAAUGCAGUGGUCAACCAUCCAAGUCCUCUUAAUUUAUUUGUAAAACAACAGUAAAGUUUCACGCUGACACUGUCACUGUUCUAACCUUCACACAUAUUUUGGUGACAUCGACAGCAUGCAGGUGGGAGUGAAACUACAGUCCAAGAAUUGCCUCCAGACUAAUUCUGAGAUAUUGUGGAGUGUGUCAGAAUGGAAUAGGAGUGAUACAGAUUUAUAUUUUGCUAAGUGUACUUUUUCUGUAGAGUUCUUGCUCUGCAAAUAACUAGUUCUGCAAUGCUAACCACCACAUUUUUUCUAACUAAAGUUCCUUUUGGCACACAGUGAGAAAGAAAUCAUGCUGUAAUCUUGUUUCUGGUUGAUAGAGUGGUUCCCAUAACCUAUUUCUCACUUGCAUACACACAUUUAAUUCCUGACUCUAUAGUUAACUGAUCUCUGUGUAAUUGUUUACAUCUUUUCCUAAAGUACCAGAAUUGCAUCUCACUGUAUUAACACUCACUAACUACAACAGUUAGGUCUGUACACAGUCGAAGAAGGAGCACGAUUUGUAGUACAUUAUUCAAUAUGUGUAAUAUGUCUCAGAGAAGAGUAUUGGACAUAAAUGUACAGGUUCCAACAAUCAUGGCCACGUACAAAAUUUUAUCCUCUCUGUGCUGAAUGGCCCCGAGCUGUAAAUUUCUGAUGAUAAAUUAUAAUUAGUUAUCUAUGCUUGUUAGAGCUGGAAAUGAAAGUGAAGUGGAAUACAUGUUAAAUAUAUAAACGCUUGUAUAUUCCAGAUUGUAUUUUUAAUCAGUUUUAGUCUUUCUAUUAGCAAAAAUUACACGUGUAAUUUUUUAGCAAUUUGAAAUAUACCAAAGAAGGCUGUAAAUAUUUGAAUUAUUGAUUAGUGAAUUUUGUAAUUGUAAUUGGACCACUGCAUCAUUCUUUAUGUCUUGCAAGGAAUCUUAUUGUUUAUAUAUUUUUAACAUAUUUUACAAAAUGAUUAAAUGAUAUAUGUGUACUUCAGAUUUGUGUAAAUAUUCAAUAAAAAUCUUUAAUUAGCACUAAAAUAUUUAAUGAAAAAGAAAUGAAA